CCCAGGCCCUAGGGGCAAAGAAGGUUCUUCUGGGGAUGAAGGCCCUUGGGACGACCCAGGCCCUAGGGGCCAGCCAGGCUGUUGUGGGGAUGACGGCCCUUGCGGUGACCCAGGCCCUAGGGGCCAGCCAGGCUGUUGUGGGGAUGACGGCCCUUGCGGUGACCCAGGCCCUAGGGGCCAGCCAGGCUGUUGUGGGGAUGACGGCCCUUGCGGUGACCCAGGCCCUAGGGGCCAGCCAGGCUGUUGUGGGGAUGAAGGCCCUUGGGGCGAGCCGGGCCCUAGGGGCAAUGAAGGUUCUUGGGGCGAGCCAGGCUGUUGCGGGUAUGAAGGCCCUUGUGGCAAGCCGGGCCCUAGGGGUGAGCCAGGCUGUUGGGGCCCUUGUUGUGACCCAGGCCCUAGGGGCAAUGAAGGUUCUUGGGGCGAGCCAGGCUGUUGCGGGUAUGAAGGCCCUUGUGGCAAGCCGGGCCCUAGGGGCCAGCCAGGCUGUUGGGGCCCUUGGGGUGAGCCGGGCCCUAGGGGUGAGCCAGGCUGUUGGGGGGAUGAAGGCCCUUGCGGCGAGCUGGGCCCUUGCGGUGACCCAGGCUGUUGGGGGGAUGAAGGUUCUUGGGACGACCCGGGCCCUUGCGGUGACCCAGGCUGUUGGGGGGAUGAAGGUUCUUGGGACGACCCAGGCCCUAGGGGCAAUCCAGGCUGUUGCGGGGAUGAAGGUUCUUGGGGUGAGCCAGGCCCUUGCGACGACCCAGGCUGUUGCGGAGAUGAAGGUCCUUGCGGUGAGCCAGGCCCUUGCGACGACCCAGGCUGUUGCGGGGAUGAAGGUCCUUGGGACGAGCCGGGCCCUAGGGGCGAGCCAGGCUGUUGCGGGGAUGAAGGCCCUUGCGGCGAGCCAGGCCCUAGGGGCGAGCCAGGCUGUUGCGGGGAUGAAGGUUCUUGGGGCGAGCCAGGCCCUUGCGGCAAGCCGGGCCCUAGGGGCGAGCCAGGCUGUUGCGGGGAUGAAGGCCCUUGCGGCAAGCCGGGCCCUAGGGGCGAGCCAGGCUGUUGCGGGGAUGAAGGUUCUUGGGGCGAGCCAGGCCCUUGCGGCAAGCCGGGCCCUAGGGGCGAGCCAGGCUGUUGCGGGGAUGAAGGCCCUUGCGGCGAUCCGGGCCCUUGAGGUGACCCAGGCCCUAGGGGCAAUGAAGGUUCUUGGGGCGACCCAGGCCCUUGGGGUGACCCAGGUUGUUGGGGCCCUUGGGGCAAUGAAGGCCCUUGCGGCAAGCCGGGCCCUAGGGGCAAGCCAGGCUUUUGUGGACAUGCAGGCCGUUGUGGCUGCGCUCGGAUUGGCUCAAUGCGCUUAAAUGUGGGAUAGGAUUGGCCACUGGAGCCAGGAAAUACGCCUGGGUCAACCUUCAGGCUU